AUGUCAACAAACAACAUUCAAUCCAACAAAAACAUUUAUACUUUGGCAACAAUCUCUGAAGCAUUGGAGUGUACAUCUGUUCCUGGAGUGAUAACUCUUAGACUUGAUACUACUAUAAAAGUUAGAACAUCUGAGUGGAGAGAUUGCUUGCUAGAAAUUGGUGAAUCCUGUGCAGUCAAAUGGAUUAUCCAUAAUUCUAACAAGCAACCUACUGAUAUUACUGCUGAAGAAGCCAAAGACAGUGAUAUUAAGAUGUGCUUUUCCCAAGAGUAUUCGUGUCAUCAUGCUGGCACUUAUGAAUCUAAGGCAGCCAUGAGAGUAGUUCAGAAAAGAACUUAG